AUGCCUACCACCGAGGAACUUAAGCAGACAGCCUUCAACGCCGAGAAGGACCUCAACUCCUACCAGGCUAAGCAGGGUCUCGGGAAGAAGAGUGACUCAACUCUUGAGUCCGGUGUCAACGAGAUGGUCGAGAAUAAGUUUGAGCAGCCUGCCGGUCUCAAGUACGGCCCCGGCUCAACUGCUUCCGGCAGCGACCACAGGGUGAUCCCCGAGGACGAGGGUGGCACCCGUGAUGAUCGCAACCGACUUCCCAAAGCUGGUCAGUUCAAGGGCGCUGGUGGUCCUGAAGACGACGUCAAGAUCCAGGCGGAGAACCGAGGGGGUGACCAAGAAAUCCCCGACCUACAGGGUUUGAAGCGCCACGGAGUUGCCCAGUAA